UAGGGUACGAUAAACGUAUGUUAAAUUAAUGUUCAACUCGAGUGUCUGUUUUGUAUGAAUUUAAACGACACCGUCGUGUUAACUCGUGUCAAGCUCAAGGAUGCUUCUAGCUUAAAUUUGUAAAUCAACGAACGCAUUUUUAAGUGUUGUGUUUAUUAAUUACUCGAGCUUUCUUUUGGAUGUGCGUUAUACAGUCUCAUUAAAAUUAGAGAAGUUAUUCUAAAGUUUUAAGGACGAAUUUGCACUUGGUUGAUGUUGUACGUUUGCUUGAGUGAGGUUGGAUGAUGACCAUGUCUGAAAGAAUUCAAUAAAAACGAAUACAAGGUAAUAGCUCCCAAUAAUUUGUUAUAGUAAAUGGCGCUUUCCAAAAUUUUAAGACUAACUGCACUGUUAAUCUUUCACCUUACUUUGUUUUAAUUUCAAACGCGUACCAAAAUAAAAUGUCAUUACUGGAAGGGUUAGAAAAGCUGUUCAAUGUAGCACAAUAUAUACGUUGUGUGUGUGUGUGUGUGUUUUUAAACUAGCUUCUCAGUGUCUCCAGACAUGUUUUUACUGCAAGCAGUGAAUGAUCACCGGCAGUGCACUUUGAACUUCGGUAGCUGCAAAAAGAAAUUAAUUAAACAAAUAGGGCCUGCCAAUAAUAUUGGAAUUAACAAUUCAUACAGUUGUUGUAUAGUUACAUCUCACUGAAUUUUAAAGUAGUAGAAAAUGGUCCACUCAGUGGAAUUCAAGUUAUGGUUUAUGGCACAUCAUGUGAGUUCACUCUUUCGUGUCAUGUAAUCACGGUGCUACUAUAGUAUGCAUGCAAUACGGCUACGACCUUUCUUCUCGUCUGUUUUUUUUCUUUCUUCUCAGGACAUGUGUAAGAAGCAAUUAAAUGUGUCCUUGCAGUUAAAGAGACCUUCUGUCUCCAUGUGAGUGUAGCUGGACACUUUGCAGGCCUGAGCACGUCACAAUGGAUUGGCUGGUGUGCGCUGUGGAAAAAGACCUGGGGAUCGACCGGAGGCAGGUGGGCGCCGGGGCCCGUCAACAGGAGCUUAUCGCUCUGGUGCCUGUGCGCUGGCUGGCGGCUCUCCGUGACAGGAAACUUGUGCGUUUCGUCCGCUUGGAAAGUAUCAGCGAGGCAGAAAUCCGCACCUACCUGCAGUGUUCCCAGGCUAAGCUGCCGCCUGGCUGGACACGAGUGUGCAUCCAGGGUUUAAGGAAAAGCAAGCUGAGCUACAGGCUGGUCCGAGACCCGUGUCUUCAACUGAAUGACUCAUCAACAAAGGAGUCCUACGUUAGCACCAUGCAGCAUGUGUCACUGCAUAAUGUCAGGAAUCUGUGGCGUGAAGCCCACUCCAGACUUGUGCAGCCGUAUGCCGGAGCCAGUGAGCAGAUGCAUGUCACGGCUGCGGAUGCAGUUCGACACUCCCUUCAAAAGCUCUUUAAAUCUGCCUUCAUCUCAUGUGAAAAAGCAUCACCGUCUCUCUCUCCGGCCAAAGAAAAGGAGAACAUCUUGCCGUCGUCCGUGUCUGCUUCUUCCAAGCCAAAAUUGGACCAUUUGUGCCCCAAUGUUUUGUCAGCCGAAUGUCUGCUGGAGACGGCAGAGAUGCUCUAUGUGGUUCUACCUUACACACAGUAUUCACUCCAUGACCUCGUGUCCUUCAGCCCAGCCAAGCUUGCCAAUAGUCACGCCAAAGUUCUGUUCAUUCUUUACCAGUUGCUGACAGCCAUGCAGGCGUGCCACACUGCAGGGCUGUCCUGCGGGGACCUCUCCCUGCUGGACAUUGCGGUGGACGAGCAGCUCUGCAGCCGACUUAAGGUCAACCUUGCCCAUUAUGAGGAACUGGGCAACGGUGAUGAUCCUACCAGGCUGGUACCCAAAAGUGCCCCACCAAGAGUCAAUGUGCGUUCGAGCCAGGAGAACAAAAUGCUUUGCAAGGACUGCUUUGAUGAGCUCAAAACUUUAGUUCUUGACUGGGUCCAUGGGCGUGUAAGCAACUUUUGCUACUUGAUGGAGCUCAACAGGUUAGCGGGGCGACGAGAGGGAGACCCAAAUUACCACCCUGUGCUGCCGUGGGUGGUGGAUUUCACAGUGCCAUUUGGAAAAUUCCGGGACCUCCGAAGAUCCAAGUUUAGGCUCAAUAAGGGGGAUAAGCAGCUGGAUUUCACCUAUGAGAUGACCAAAGAGGCAUUGGCGGCUGCAGCGGGCAGCGGUCUAGGGGGAGUUAGCGUUGGGGGAGACUUGUGUGGAUCAGUCAGUGCAAGUGGGGCCGGACAGCCAGACCACCUCCACGUACCUCAUCAUGUGUCGGACGUGCUCUCGGACAUUACAUACUACGUCUACAAAGCCCGGCAGACCCCCAAAUGGGUGCUGUGUAGCCACGUGAGGUCCCAGUGGGAGCCGAACGAAUACCCCUCCAGUAUGGAGCGCAUGCAGAGCUGGACGCCUGACGAGUGCAUUCCCGAAUUCUACACAGACCCCUCCAUUUUCCGCUCAAUACACCCUGACAUGCCGGACUUGGAUGUGCCUUCAUGGUGCCAGUCCUGCGAGGAGUUUAUCGAGGUCCAUCGGCGCCUCCUGGAGAGCAGGGAGGUGUCUCAGAACCUGCACCACUGGAUAGACCUCAAUUUUGGCUUCAAGCUGUCAGGCAAAGACGCAGUCAAAGCGAAGAAUGUGUGCUUGCAUCUAGUGGACAACCACACCCAUCUGACCACGUAUGGUGUGGUCCAGUUGUUUGACCAGCCCCACCCGCCUCGCUUAUCCGCUUUCCAGUAUGCUCCGGCAGAACCUCCACUCGUAGGCCUCGCUGCCCUUGACGUGCCUUCUCUACACAUCCCACAAAUCGACAUGGCGCCUGCCUCUGUGGAUGGAAUGGUGCCAGAGUCCACUGGCUGUGAGUCCAGUGCCUGGACCGUGCUCGACAGAGACGAAGAGCUUGAACAAGGCACCGAGGCCUUGGACUCGUUAGUGUCUACAGGCUCGUCUAAUUCUGCCACUUGCUCUGGUCCACUGCCUAGUAUCAAUACAGGCAAGAUCGCGGAUGCAGCACUCAUAAUGUCUCACUCUCCGACUUCCUUCUCCAGUGAUUUCACAAGUGCUGGGGUACGCAGCACUGUGCUCCAAAGAGGUGGGCCAGUGAACAAAAAGCACAUGGAGGGAGGCGUGACCACCACCAACGCAGACGAUAACAAGAUCCGCCUCCCCGAGGGCUUCAAUCCACUGCAGCCUUUAGAAGAGCUGGAGAAGUUGAACAAUUUCCUGGUUAAGAGUCUGCACACCGAAGUGUUGCAUCCUGAAGGCCCCUCAGAGAGGGAGCUCGGAAUGGCGGAAGCGCCGCUGUCUCUCAUGAGGCUUUAUGAAAGAGAUAUGCAGGCCCUUGGCGUCCUCAUUGCCGAGAUGUUUUACUCCUCAAAAUUUCGAGGCUUAAAACCGGGCGCCUCCCUCAGACAACGUUUCCACGCCGUUUUGAAAAUGUGCUCCCUUGGCUUCCGGGACAUCCCGCUUUCUUUGCAUCACGCUCUUGAGAAACUGCUGCCAAUAGAGAAACAGUCUGGAGCAGCACAUCAGUGUCAACGCCCGCUUCUUUUUAACUAUGAUCCCAUCUGUGAUGGCCUUCCCCCUCCGACUCCCUCCCAGAUACUGAACACGUUCGUUACUCCAUUUCCGUUCCCGUCCUACUUUUCAGGACUCCAUCGCUUUAUCUUCUCCUACCACGCCAAGAUGGAGACUGUAUGUAGACUCCAAGGAAGGGACGUCGUCUUCCAAUUGUGGCAACAGUUAGAAACACUUCUGCGAGGCAACAUGACGGCUGAGGGCCUCGAGAUUCUCUUGCCCUUCAUCCUGGCCCUCAUGCUCGAAGAGUCCACUGCCGUCUACGCUGCUUGGUACCUGUUCGAACCCAUCUCGAGAGUCCUGGGUCCCAGAAAUGCAAACAAGUACCUUUUAAAGCCACUGGUCAAUGUUUUCGAGAACCCUCGCUGUCUUCGGGGACGUUUCUAUCUCUACACCGACUGUUUCAUCCUGCAACUGAUCGUCAGGCUCGGUCUGCAGGCCUUCUUGUCCAACCUGCUCCCACAUGUGCUGCUGGUCCUCACCGGCUUUGAAAGCUGGACCUCUAGUCCGGCCGGAGAAGCUUGCAAAGGGAUGCGCGGUGCCAAUUGUACUCUGGGAGAGGAAGAGGAGGAGGGCUUUCAGGCCGGUCAUGUGCGCUCCUCAUCUGGAUCUAUUCGCGGGAACAUGGGCGGUGGCAGCGGGGCGAGCGCAGGCGUCGGGGUCGUUGGGGACGGCGGGCUGGUGGACUACACCUCAUGCAUCAGUCUCAAUGACCAGGUGUUUCUCUCAGAGGCCGAGGACUUUCAGAAUGAAUUUUACGUGAACGGCGCAGGGGGAGACGGCGGAAAACGGGUGGACCAGAAUUCUGCUGCCAAGGACCAGGACCACGAGUCUUUGAGCGUGGGCAAGCUUAGCGACAAAAGCAGCGCAAGCGAACACUCAUCCGGCGACGGAGACUCCAUGCGGGAUCGAGCCAGUCUUAAAUCAGCCGACAGCAGCCAGGACCUGAAACAAGCCAGCGAGGGAGAGGAGGGAGCAGAGCUGGAUGAGGAGGAGGCCACUCAGGCUCAUGAUUGUAAAGUGGCGGCAGAUGACCUUUCAACCCCCAAACUGGAACUGUCUUUCUCUGGUUGCACAGAAGUUUCGUGUGCUACUGUUGCCACUGUGGAGAGUGAGUUUGUGAACGGAAUGGUAAUGGAAGAGAAAGUCAUUAUGGGGGACCAGGAAGAAGAGGAGGACCAGGAUCCGUCGGAGGAAUCGCAGGCGAAGGAGCAAAAAAUACUUCUCGAUACAGUCUGCAAAACUGUUCGGUGGCUCUCAGCCAAACUUGGACCGACAGUGACCUCUCGAUGCGUGGCCAGGAACUUGCUGCGAUUACUUACAAAUUGCUACCUCGGCCCUGAAAGUCAUCAGUUUGUCGUGCCUGGACCUGAAGAGAGCCCUCUGGAGAGUGUGGGAAUGGGCAGCGUUUAUGAGAAGCGAUCCGUGGUGGGCGACCAGACCGCCUCGUCUGUGCUGGACUGUCUCAUUUACGUCGCUCAGCUUUACGGCGAACCCGUGCUCACUUAUCAGUACCUGCCAUACAUAGGAUACCUGGUGUCUCCGCCGUCCUCGCAGCGUCUCAACACACGCAAGGAGGCCAGCCUGCUGGGAGCUGUUGCACUCACACAGAAGAUAGUGGUCUUUCUCUCUGACACCACGCUAAUGGACAUGCUCAUGAAAAUUAAUCAGGAUGUGCUCCUGCCGCUCCUUGACCUGCUCACCAACCCUCACAUGGGGUUCCCCAGCGGAGGGCAGACACGAACCGUGGUAUGUCUCAAGACACUCAGCCUGAUGGCUCUCAUCUGCCUGCGUAUAGGGAGGGAGAUGGUGCAGCAGCACAUGGCCGACACACUGCGCCGCUACUUUGCCGUUUUCUCCCUGCUGCACUGUUUGCGGCCUCAGAUGGAAAGUGCACCCCGCAGAGUUGUCGGGGAGGUCACGGUGGUGGAUGUGAGCACACCCGAAGAGUCCGGCGUGACUUAUGAAUUGUCAGUCCUGGAGGAACUGCAGUCGGUGUUUAGCACAGAGAUGGCGCAUGCCUCAUACAUCCCAUUUUACUGCCUCAUCGGUGAUAUGGCAAUCCGUAAACUGGUUCCAAACCACGAGCUGGUGUGGCAGUUGGCCUCCUCGUACCAUCAAAGUGUAAGUCAUGUAGUGUCAAGAGUGGACAUGCCUCCAUCCUCCUCUUCUGGUUUCAGCAGGCUGGCCGGUUGCAGCCCCUUCCUCUCUCCUUCCACUAGUUCCACCCAGCUCGGAGACCACCUCCCCGAGUCAGGAACUUUUGGGAGCCAUCUGGUAGGAAACCGAAUCCAAGUGUCCGGGGACUCUUACUAUGGUGGUAGUUUGGCCAGCUCUUGGGGACGCUCCAAUCAUACCGCCACCAUUAACACCGCCCCCUCUGCUGUCACAACCCCAUUCAUCGGCACAACCCCUUUCUCCUCAUCUUGGGUGAUGGGACCCCCUCCGGAAGACAGCGCCCUGAAGCAGGAACUGUCUCGUAGUGGACGCUCCUUGCAAGGCAACUGGCUGGCCUACUGGCAGUAUGAAAUUGGCCUGAACCAGCAAGAUUCCCAUUUUCACUUCCACCAGAUUCGUUUGCAGAGCUUCCUGGGUCACUCGGGCGCCAUUAAGUGUUUGGCACCACUGGCGGGGGAAGAUUACUUCCUCUCUGGGGGUAAAGACAGGACCGUGAAGCUAUGGCCACUCUAUAACCGCGGCGACGGCACGCAGGAAGUGGAGCCCAGGCUAACGUAUUCGGACCAUAGGAAGUCUGUGUUCUAUGUUGGCCAACUAGAAACUUCACAGGAGGUGGUCAGCUGCGAUGGCAUGGUGCACCUUUGGGACCAGUACACAGGGAGGCAGAUCCGCUCAUAUGAAGCCGUGGAUGGGAAAAAUCCAAUUACAGCCGUCACUACCAUGCCUGCGCCACACGGCAGCGUCUUGUUCGGAAGCGCCGAUUCUGUCCUACGCUUCAUUGAUCCUCGCAAGCCGGGACUGCAGCAUGAAUUUCGGCUGGCCUACAACAACAUAAGUGCCGGGCUCAUCCGAUACCUGGCCGUUAGUCCGACGGGACGCACUAUAGCAGCGGGGUUCUCAUCCGGCUUCAUCGUCCUGCUCGAUGCGCGGACGGGCUUGGUGCUGAGAGGCUGGCCUGCACACGAAGGAGACAUUCUCCAAAUGAAGGCAGCUGAAGGGAACUUGGUCAUCAGCUCGUCCACCGACUACACCCUCGCUGUCUGGAAGGACCUGGAGCAAAAGCCCCUGCGUCUAUACAAGUCUCAGUCGGAUCCCGUUCACGCCUUGGACUUCUACAACUCGGAGAUCGUUACGGGCACCAUGGCCAACAAAGUCGGCGUGUACUCGGUAGUGGACAUCUCGCUGAGCCCCGUCAGCAGCACCAAGCUGAGCUCCGAGAACUUUCGCGGAACGCUCACCAGCUUGGCCGUGCUGCCCAUAAAAAGGCUGCUGCUGCUGGGCUCUGACAACGGCGCCAUCCGCUUACUGGCUUGAUUUCCACUGUCCAACUUGAACAAGCAGCAAUCGAUUGAAACAUGUUCACGUAUCUUAAGUCCUGUACAUAUUCUAAAACUAUUUUUUGGGCAUCCGACGAUUCUAUCUCAAACGAUUUUUGGACCUGGUCUGUGAUUGUAUUCCACUACAGACUUGCUCAGGGACCACUUGUUUUCUUCUCUUUCCAAAAGGGGUGGGCAACCUACAGCCCGUGGAGCAUUUGCGGCCUGUGAGAGAGCUUUGGGUGCAAUUCUAAACACAAAUAAAACCUCAGAGGAACUAUUAUUUAAAAUGAAAAAAAAAAACAAAAACAAAACAUUCAACCCACAGAUGCUUUGUAUAAUAUAUUAAUGAUACACACGUAUUCAAUCAUGUUUGUCAUACAUUCAGUGUGUCCCACCACUGAAAUCAACACUUACGCAACACCCACAAAUACGACCUUUUGACCUACCCUUUACCUGUGUCCAAUGCACUGACUAAACUAUGCAGUAUUUCUCGAUCAAAUCUUUGUGUGUGUGUGUGUUUGACUUGUUUCAUCUCAUGUUAAGGUUAGGCUGCCUCGCGUGAACAUUGUGAUUCGAUGGUUAAAUGAUUUUAAUCCAUGAAUAAAAUUAUUUUAAAAUUUGUUUUCUGAACAGUUUUGACCAUCUCUACGGUCUGAGUCAACGCCAAGAUUUUGUACUUGAACAUUUUUACGCAAUGGCAUAUAUCAUUCAUUAAAGGUCAAUUCUUAACCAGAAAAUACACUAUUAAAACACGACCCGAGUUUCACUUCAGACGUAUGCUUCUGCUCUCGAUUGUAUUUUUCCAAUCUCAAAAGCCCUGACACAUCAAUGGAACUUUUUUUUUUUUUACUCCCGCUCAAGCUCCAUAAUCAGUAAUUGACGCAAUGGUGUGUUUUAAACUCUGGUUCGUCAUCGGGUAUUUAUCAAGAGGUCCAUGGUUACACUUAUUUAUCAUUUGGGUAAAUAAAAACAAAUGUCUCAA